AAAAAAGCACUGCAAUAAAAUGGUCGGUGAAUGGGAGCAUAAAAGAGGGCCAAAAACUAAAUAUACUUGUAUUUUAUUAUACCCAUCAAUUAAAAACUAAUAUAAAACGGAAUGCGAAAAUUUUAUGAGCCUACUCUUGAUCGAAAUAUCGAAUCAUCGAUAACUAGAAACUUUUCUGGGUAGAAUUGGUGAUAAAAAACCAGCUUCGAGAAACACGUAAUGGAAAAUAAAUAGAGAAAGUUAAAAACCUCUCAUUCAAGGUUCAAAGUAAAACCUUACAGUCCGUUAUUUAAAUUUGUUUUUAUGUUUCGGUUUCGAUUAAUGUAAAGCUAUAUGCACCUGAAAUAGAAAAUUGUUACAUAAAUUGCCAAGCAACCAAACGCUAAACAGGAAUUCAAAUUCGCCAAACCUCAGUAGAAGUCCUUCUAACAAGACAUCAAAAAUUAAUGGUUCGUAAGGGACCAAAAUUCCAGUUACGCGUCAAAUCCUAAUUUCAUCUAAAUUUUUGUUGAAAAAAUCCUAACUGAUAAAACUGAAUAAAAGAAUAAAUCAAUUCUAAAAAUGAGGUGCAAAAGCGUUGCAAAAGCAUUUCUUUUGAUGGCCAUGAUGGUAGAAAUGCACAUCCUCAUGACCUCGAAGACCAUACAAGCUGUUACCAAUGCAUCACUUGCAGUAAUGGAACGGAUGCAGAGACGGUAUUCAAUGCUGCCUUUGGCAACCUUCUCACCACUGAUGGAUAUGCACCCUGGUACGACACCUGGCCGUUUCCAAUGUAUAGCCAGAGGUGUCCCGACACUGGUAACCCAGGAGUAAUGACCUUGAGUGUGCCUGGAACCAACUGCAUCUCGAUGUACUUCAACGCCUUUGCAGAUGAUGACGUCGACGGACACAAGAACGUGUUGUUGUCGUGUGUGGUUUUGAGUGCUGUUGAGACUCUGAUACCGGCCUAUGGGGAUUCGAACAUGUCCUUGGGUGCAUAUGAGAACGCUCUGGAGGGGAUUACAGCGACUGGUCUUGAAACUGACCUUGAGAUGGCUCCUUCCAGCAGCAACUUGGUGUCCUACGUGACCACUGAAGUCACUCUCUGUCGGGACUCAAUCAACUGCAACGACAUUCCCAUCCUCGACCUCGCCACAAUCUCCUUCAUAGUCGGAACAUAUUCCGAAGACAUGAGCUCUGCUGGAAUCUGCGACAGUGGCGGAGGGGGAGGGGGAGGGGGAGGGGGCAGCAGCACUGAUGACAUCACAGCCGCAAUCGCCGACCUCUGCGACCAAAUGCUCAGCCGACUCGAGGGCACUCUCUCGUGUAAACUCGUCGCCAUCCAGUCCGUUCGGACUCCUGGCAAGCGCUCACGACGGCGAAGAUCAGCCGGCAUGUCAGCUCAAGCAGUCGUAGAAAUAGAAGCGAACCCUGGAAGCGGAUACAACUCGGACCAGUAUGAAGAGAUCUUCGUGGCGGCCCGAGCGGCAUUGGCGAGCGGCGAACACGCGUUGGUCAUUGCCGAGUUCGCGACAGAAGCAAGAGUCGGAAUUGAACGAGGAGGAUACGAAUCGGGUUCGCCGAACAAGGUGUCGGCCUCAUGCGCUUUUUUGAUCCUUGUAACGUAUUCAAUGAUCAACCAAAUUCUCUAACUGAAACAGUCUUCAAAAACAACCACAGCAUAAACUGUGACCAGAAGUAACUAAAUAUUACUUGUGAACAAAGAUAUAAAUGCUACUGUUAUGUAAGAACGAUUAUUUUUUGUUCAGGAACAGUAAAAAGUUUCCUGCGGAAGUUCAAAUACUUUAUAAUCAUGGAACUUUCAAAAAUGAA